GUCACACGUAGGAAAGAGGGGCUAGGGAAAGAGGAAAGAAAAAACGCUGACCAUAACAAACUGUGCAAUAACAACAAAGAUUAGGAAAAUCAGCAUGUUUGUGAAGUCAAUUCCUUUGUUUAAGUAUUGACUGCCACCCGUGACGUAGACUUCUGAAGGAGAAAUGCGACCCCACAAGUUCCGCAAUCCUACAUAUAUGUACUCCUAGAGUUUAAAGGUCAAAUCUCAGCUGACUGAAACUGCGCAGACAACAGAUUCACCCUUUAAAUGCAUUGGAAUUAUCAUAACAUAAUGCUUUUAUAGCUGAUUCAUUUGUUUAUGCAGAGGAGACCUUUAUCAAAUAAUUGAGUGGCGCGAUCACCCGAUAACCCCCAAGCUAUAUACGCCAUAUAAACAGGCGUCACUUCUGCUUUGUUUACAAACCAAAGCACAUCGCAAAAUGAGGCUCAAAUCGGUAUUCCUGGUUGUGCUAUUGACCACUUUUUUGGGUCUGGGCAAAUGCUUUUGGCCCUUUAAUAAAAAACACAGUCCACCACCUCCUCCACCACCUGAACCCAAGCAAUCGCCUGUGAUAUUCGUUCCCGGCGAUGGAGGCUCGCAAAUGGAUGCCCGACUUAAUAAGAGUAGCUCUCCCUAUUUCGUUUGCCAAAAAACCCACGAUUGGUACAAUCUUUGGCUGGAUUUGGAGCAGUUAGUCAUACCCAUGGUUUACUGUUGGAUAGAUAAUGUAAAGCUGUAUUACGAUAAGGCAACUAGGACCACCCAUAAUACGCCUGGUGUGGAGACAAGGAUCCCCGGCUGGGGUAAUCCCGAGGUCGUCGAAUGGAUCGAUCCCACUAAGAAUAGUGCCGGAGCCUACUUUAAGGACAUAGCUAAUGUGCUGGUGGAUCUGGGAUAUGUCCGCAACAUGAACAUCCACGGAGCACCUUACGAUUUUAGAAAAGCACCAAAUGAAAACAAACAAUUCUUUAUCGAUCUCAAGCAACUGGUGGAAGACUCCUACGAAGCCAACAACCAGACGGCUGUCACCUUUAUCACGCACAGUAUGGGCAGUCCCAUGACCCUGGUAUUUCUCCAGCAACAGACUGUCUCUUGGAAGGCGAAAUAUAUAAAACGAAUGAUAAGCUUGGCAGGAGCUUGGGCAGGCAGUUUUAAGGCUAUAAAAGUGUUUGCCAUGGGGGAUGAUCUCGACUCGUUUGCCCUAAGUGCCAAGAUCCUAAAAGAAGAACAGAUAACACACCCAUCCACUGCCUGGCUGCUGCCGUCUCCACUCUUUUGGAAGCCCUCAGAGAUUAUAGCAACAACUCCAAGCAGAAACUAUACGAUGGCUCAGCUCAAGGAGUUCUUUAAUGAUAUUGACUAUAUGACUGGGUGGGAAAUGCGCAAGGAUACAAUUAAAUAUAGCCAAAACUUUAGUCCACCAGAUGUGGAAUUGCAUUGUCUGUAUGGCGAUGGCAUAAAUACGGUGGAGAGAUUGGUGUACAAAAAGUCGGAUAUUGCUGGGGAAACGCCCAAAUUGAUAAUGGGUCUGGGCGAUGGCACCGUCAAUCAGCGUUCUCUACGGGCUUGCAAGUAUUGGUCCGGCUAUACCAGCUCGCCUAUCAACACUCUGGCCCUCCAGGGAGUGGACCACAUGCAUAUCCUGUCCAAUCCAGAUGUCCUCAAAUAUGUUCGCACUGUCAUGCAGCAGCCGUAAUGUUUAGUGUUCUGUUGUAAUAGCAUAAGCGUUUCUUGAUUUUAAAACUAUAAAACCAAUGCCAAUUAAUUAAUGUUAAAUAAAUGUACUUCGCUAAGUAGCACAAAUAUAAA